CAUGUUCCUCUGGAGUCUGCAGCCGACUCACCGUGUUGCUAUGGCGCCACGUGACAGAGGAGGGAGGGCUCGGGGUCCGGGCACAAAAACGAAAAGGAGAGAUGGAAGUGAGGAAGGAACUUUUCAAGUUGCACAAGUUUGCUUGGAAUGAAGGUAACAAGGUUCCAGUAAAAGCUGCACUAAGAAAGAACCGCCAUGAAUGUGACGGACGCCUACCAGGGCAUUUUCAUCCUUCACAAUGGAGGCAACAUGUCCUACAACGGCAGCAUGGCAGUGCUUGACACAUCCUCUCCUCUCAACAAAGCCAUCAACAUCCUCUCCAUCCUCCUCCUCUUCAUCACCAUGACAUCUCUGGGAUGUACGAUGGAGAUUUCCAAAAUCAGGACCCAUCUGCUGAGACCGAAAGGGGUCGCCAUCGCCAUUGUGGCCCAAUUCGGAAUCAUGCCUUUGACUGCGUUCUGUCUUGCUAAAUUACUGAAGAUGGAUUCCAUUAAGGCUGUGACGGUGCUCAUCUGUGGCUGCUGUCCUGGAGGAAACCUGUCCAAUAUCUUCGCUUUGGCCCUCAAGGGAGACAUGAACCUCAGCAUAGUGAUGACCACCUGCUCCUGCAUUGCAGCUCUGGGUCUGAUGCCCUUGCUGCUCUACGUCUACAGCCAGGGCUUCAGCGGCUUGGAGAACGCUGUGCCCUAUGUCGGCAUCAUCACGGCUCUCGCCUUCACCCUGGUGCCCUGCGCCAUGGGCAUCGCUAUCAAUCAAUACAAGCCGAAAUACACUCCGGUGGUCUUGAAGUCUGGUUUAGGCAUACUGAUCAUCUCCAGCGUCAUCUUGUUCACCUUGUCUGGCCUGGCGGUCAAAGAUAUUUUGUGGAUGAUCCUCACCGCUGAUGUUUUGACUGUGGCAGCUCUGAUGCCCUUCAUAGGCUUUGUCCUGGGAUUCGUCAUGUCCACCAUGUGCAGACUCAGUCCAAAAUGCAGCAGAACCAUUUCUGUGGAAACAGGCUGCCAAAACAUCAACCUGUGUGUGGCCAUUCUGAAGGUGGCCUUUCCUCCGGAGGUUAUUGGGCCCAUGUUUCUCUUCCCUUUGCUGUACUACAUUUUCCAGUGUGCCGAGGCUCUCUUUUUGACCGUGUGCUUCAGAUCGUACCAGAUGGUAAAGUCACCAGAAGACAAGAAUGUGUAUGUUCAACAGGACGAAGAGAUACAAACUGAGUGUCCGACUACUUCAGAAGCCAAAAAUGACAAAACACUUAGGAUCCCUGUUUCGGAGUGACACACUUGAAGUGCUACAAUAUAAAAGUAAAAAUAUAAAGUAAUGUAUUUUUUCAUUAUGUCCAAUUGUUGGAUAAAGAAUUCAAACAGUAA